AUGGGCGGCCUGGACUGCGCCGCGGUGUCAUCCCGCGCCCCGCCGGCCGGGCGCCGCGGCGGCGGCGGCGGCGCGAAGAGGGGCGCGGGGGCGGGCGGCGGCGGCGAUGACAGGGCGAUACCUUUGACGAGAGAGGCAGCGAAGCCCAAAUGGGCGAAGCAGAGCGAGCAGCUGCGCGCCGCGAUGCGGGCGGUCAAGGGCGGCGCGGGCGGUGGCGGCGGGUUCGGCGGCGGGGGGGCGGCUGUGGAGCAGGAGGAGGAUGACAGGGUGCCGUGCCCGCACUGCGGCCGCCGCUUCGCGCAGCUGACGGCCGAGCGCCAUGUCCCCAAAUGCAAAGACAUCCAAGCCAAGCCCUCAGGCCUGAAAGCCGGCGGCGGGCGCUCGGCCCACAUGCGCGCCAACGCGCCGGCGCCCCCGGCGCGCGGCCGCUUCUGA